GCCGCAUGCCAAUUGGCAAGCUCCUUGUGCGCCGCACGCAUCACCAGGCAGGCCGAAUGGGUUGUAAUUAGUACCACUAUAACCAGCGCAACGAGCACGCCAUCGAUGCGCCCCGGAGCGUGAGCACAAAGACAUGGGCAGCCUCUGGUGGUGGUGCGCGCUCCUGACCAUCGCAAGCGCCCAGCGCCUCGACGUCUGGUCGCCUCAAAAUAAUUCGGAAACAUCGGAGAGAGACGUAACAUUAGGAUUCACGGGCACGCUCCCGGAAGGCGACCGAGCGGAGGCCUACCGCGUCUGCGUGGCGCUCGACGGCGAGCCCAUGACCUGCAAUCAACUAGAUGUGAUGGCCCGCGAGCAGCUCGUGCUCACGUCACUCUUGCCCGGUAAACGGUCGCUCGUAUUGACCAUGUUCUCCGAUGGUACAGAAGUCGCGUCCGCUUCGACCCAGUUCAGUGUAGGAGUAGGAAGCGGCAACGUGGAUAUCAAAAGUCACACGGGAACAACAACGGAAUGGGACCGUAGUUCAUAUUUCUCGACAGUGUAUGAAUUGGGGUACUGGGCGGCGCAGCACAAGAUGCCAGGGGUCCCCGCGAGUGGUCCCGGAUCCACUCUGGACGCGGCGAAGAACGCCAUCACGACCAUAGAGCAGCUCAUCAGGGAGUUUGACAUCGAGUUGUUGAUCGACGCCCCUUGUGGUGAUAUGACCUGGAUGGCUUCUGUCGAUUUACGAGGUGUGGAGUACGUGGGCAUUGACGUCGUCCAGAGUGUGAUAGCUUCCAACAUUGAGAAGCAUCCCUCCCUCACUUUCAUGGCGCUGGACGUCGCUGAUGAAUCAUCAGUUGAUCAGUUGAGGAGCCUGGUCCGGGGGCGCCGCACGUUGAUUUUGUGUAGACAUUUGCUGUUCCACCUGCCCGUUGGUGAUGGGAGGGCCGUCCUCAGACACUUGCAUGGGUCCGGCGCUUCGUACUUGUUGACCUCGACGUACGUGAAAGCAGACGACUUCGAUACUUCAUACGUCCUGGCGAAUGGGCACCGGACGAAUCUGUUGAAGCGGCCCUACUGCGCGCGCGACCCAUCGAGGUUGUAUCUCGAUGCGCACGCGGACCAGUACCUCGGGCUCUGGGAUCUCGCUGAGGGGGAGGUGCUGGGCGACUGCGAGGAUCUGUGACUUCUUGGCGUCGUAUAAGGUGUUGUGUAUCUA